AAAUAAUUUUUUUAUAAAUUGUUUGUCUGCAGCAUCGACUCUGCGCUUUUAAAUAGAGCUCACCAAGAAAGGUGCAUAUUUGAAUGCGCAGAGUCGAUGUUGCUUUCGACCAAUUUUAAAUAUUCAAUGAAUAAAUUUAGUUUUAAUUGUUUACAUAUAACUGUGACAUAAUAUUAAUUAUUUUAGAAACAAUAAAUAAAGUUGAAUUGUAUUUUUUUAACAAAUCUUAUGCUUAGGAAUUUAUCAGUGUUGGUGUCUGUGGUGGUGGUGAAAAGCGAAAAAGAAGAAGAAGAAGAAGGAGAAGAAGAAGAAGAAGAAGAAGAAGAUACAAAACUUAUUCCAGUACAACAAGAAAAAGAAAAAAAGAAGAAGAAGAUGGCUGGAGACGAACCAAUUAAUUACAGUCCUCUCCAUGAUACAGACAUGGAGUACGUCAUGAUUAACUACGAGAUAUCUGUACCCAUAGAGUGGGUCCUAGAAGUUACCUAUGAUUCGCUGAUGACGCUGUGUCUUAACGCUAUUGAGGUGUACCAUGCCACUGAAAUGCUUUCAUGCAGAAGGAUCAACAGUAAAUGUUGUCACUGUACUUGCAGACAUAACUGCAAAAUUAGUCUUUGUCGGCGGCGUUUACAGUUUUGA